AUGGUUGUCAUUAUUGGUUCAUUUGUACAUCCACCUGAACCACACCAAGAUGGCUACAAAUAUUUUCUAAGUGAAGAUGAAGUGCAAAAUUUAGCCUAUAUCGGUUCUAUUCCACACAAUGGUAUUGAACAAAUCAGAAUCCAUUGGUUGUUGGAUAUGAUAACGAUGAAGAUUGAAGAUGGCACUGCAAUAUAUAACUUCACUCUGCUAGAUCAGCUGAUAGACUUACUAUGGCAGAAUGGUCUAAGACCUGGCUUUGAGAUCAUGGGCAACCCAUCAAGUCACUAUAGUACAUUUGAUGACAAGGUACAAGUCACACAGUGGAGGGACAUGGUGACAAUGAUAGCAAAACAAUACAUUGAUCAGUACGGUGUUGGGUAUGUAUCACAGUGGAACUUUGAGACAUGGAAUGAACCUGAUCACCAUGAUUUUGAUGAUUUAAAUAUAACACUACAAGGAUUUUUAAACUACUACGAUGCCUGCUCAGAGGGAUUAAAAGCUGCCAGUCCAUUGUUAAAAUUUGGUGGUCCUGCAGGAGGCUGCAAAGACCCUCAGUCACCGAUAUGUUGGGCAUUACUAAAACAUUGUGAGAGUGGUAAAAACUAUUUCACUGGUGAGACCGGUGUAAGAUUGGAUUACAUUGCAUUUCACCAUAAGGGUGAAGGGUCAUCUAUGCAUAUAUUAGACACAGAAUUGGAGACAAUAAAGAGAAUUCAAACAAAACAUCCAACAUUAGCACAUCUACCAAUAUAUAAUGAUGAAGCUGAUCCACUUGUUGGUUGGAGCAAAGGAGAGGUUUGGAGAGCUGAUGUCAGAUAUGCAGCUGUUGUAGCCAAGGAGCCAGUAAGAAUAGUAGGACCUGUUCCAUUUACACCCAUCACUGCAAAAUUAAACUUCACACUAAAUAUGCCUGGUGUCUUAUUGGUUCAUUUGUGCAAGAAGCCAGUUGUUCAGCCAGACCAGACAACUGGUGUACGACUCUAUAGAAUCACUAAUGAGAUUGUUUUAAUUAUCUGGGACGAUGGAUGUGUCAAUUCAAAAUGUCUCAAAACAUUUGAAGUAGAGUUUUCUUCAAAGAGUUCUGAAGGUCCAUAUAAGAAAAUCAACGACAUUGAUUUGAUAUUCACUUCAAUGGUUUACUCAAGAGGUGCAUCGUCAUCAAUAUCUGGGUAUUACCGGGUAAGAGCUGUGGAUUACUGGAACAGACCGGGAGAAUAUUCACUUCCAGUACAACUUGUAUAAUCAAUGCAAAGCAAUCCAACACAGGAUGUCUGAUCUGCUCCAAAUUAUAUAUUUGCUUCCAAGGCAUACUUAACUUAGAAUACUCUAAGUAAAUUUUUUGUUACCUAUCACAAAAUAACCAUGACUUGAAAUUAACAGCAGAUUUAUAGCAAAAUACAAAAAAAUAAAACGUAUUAUAUAUUUGCCUCCAAGGCAUACUAAACUUAGAAUACUCUAAGUAAAUGUUUUUUUACCUAUCACAAAAUAACCAUGACUUGAAAUUAACAGCAGAUUUAUAGCAAAAUACAAAAAAAUAAAACGUAUUAUAUAUUUGCCUCCAAGGCAUACUAAACUUAGAAUACUCUAAGUAAAUGUUUUUUUACCUAUCACAAAAUAACCAUGCCUUGAAAUUAACAGCGCAUUUAUAGCAAAAUACAAAAAAAAACGUACAUUAUACCAGUACAAGUUUCGUGGAAAAAGAUUUGUUUGAAGGCAAAAUUGAAUACAAUUGAUAUUCUUUAAAAUUGAUAUCAGUUAUUCACAAAUGCAAAGUGAGCCUUAUCAAAAUUUCAGCCUUGUGCAAAGUGUUGCAGUGUCUGUGCCAUAGGACUGCACAGUCCUUGCUGCACGGUCACUUUUUUGCAUGUAAAUUAGCACUGCAGCAUGGAUGCGACUACUUCCUACUUCAGUACA